AUGUCUGAAUGGGACGUGCCUGUCUCCAGUAACAGCUCUGACUUGGAAGCGGAUGAUGUGGGUACUUCCGACAACGUCUCGACUGCACAGUAUGCAGUUGACUUCAAUGAGGUCGAAGAUACCGCAGAUCAGAGGCCUAUGCUGCAGCUAGCUGCUUUCAAUGAGGUGUACGAACCGGGCGACGACGAGUUCAGCCAGUUCGUCUACCAGCGCGAUGUGGCACCUUCUGGCACUGCGGCAGCCAAGAAACAAGAAGACCCCCAGAAGCUCAUUCUGGUUCAGCCGAAGGAUUAG